AUGGGGCUCAACAACCACGAACUGCAAGCACAACACUGGGAAUGGCAUCAUCUCUCCACUUGCAAAGUGGGGCGCACUCGAAGAUGUGCACAACACAGCACCACAAACAAGCAACUAGCACACGACGAACUCGUGGUGAGGUCCCACUUGAACUGCAAUACCGUUGGGAGGGCCACCAUCGCCGCUUCGUCCAUCGGCCGCCCCUACGAAGCUGGACUCGACACUGUGCCCGUGUCACGGCCAGCAUUCGGCAACACAAUAGCGGCCAAGGAAAGCAGAAUGGAGGUGUCUUCCAGGCCGCCUACGAGCGCCGCUAAGAACCAAGGGCGGUCAGAGGCGCCGAGGACGGCGCCAGCCCUCGAGCCAAGGACGCCCGAGCCGAGUGCACCGGCGGAGCCAGGGCUGGCGAGCGCGGCGACAGAGCCAGGUCUAGCGGGGGCAGAGCCAGGUCUAGCGGGGCCAGUGGACGCGGUGGCCGAGACAGAAGUGCAGCCACCGCCCGAGCGUUCGGCGCCAUCCAAGCCCGCCCCGAGCGCGCCGAGCCCCCCGGAGGAGGCUCGCAGGGGACCCAGCGCCCAGCCGCCGCCCAGCCAACCCGCCGACCCUCUCUCGAUCGUGCUUGGGAGCGCCCGGGAGGUGAUCGGGCGACUGGAGGCGGCCGUAGCGGGGGAGAUGGCGCAGCGGGAGGUGGCUUGGCGCGUUUUCGACUCCCGCCUUGCCGCGGCGCGCGCCACCAAUGAGGACGAACAGCGCGCCAUAGAGGAGGGGUGGAAGGCCUUGGAGGAGGCCCGCACGGAGGUCGCGCGGGAGCAGAAGACUCUGGAAGACGCCCGCGCGUAG